AUGGAAACUGGAAGUCGCCAGGCGCUCAAGCAGGAGCGGCAUGACCUGAGGUCCGAGGACCUGGCCCAGGUGAGGCUGGAUCUGCGAGAGCACGUGUUACGGACUCUUGGCCCUCCGGAGGAUCCUCCCAGCUCAGAAGCUUCACAGGCUCGGACUUCCCGGCUGCCUCCACUGCCUGCGCUCCCUGCCCCGCCUCAGCCGGCGCCUGGAUCCGUGGCGGAGGCUUACGGCACUUUCUGCACGGAACUGCUCGACGUGGCUGGAGAUGACUCCGCGAUUCUCGAGGCAGCUGUGGCAGCAUUGCCUGCUCCAGGUCCUACAGAGGCCGAGAUCCAGGACGCAGCAGCGUCACGCAUAGGCGCCACGUGGCGCAUGUCAGCGCAGCGAAGGAGGUAUGCGGAGCUGCAGAAAACCCACAGAGCAGCUCGCCGAAUCCAGUCUGGCUGGCACACCUCUGUGGUGAAAAGUGCCACGCGGCAAGAGCUGAUGCGGCGGGAGGAGGAGGAGCGCAAGCUGCAGACGAUGAUGAUGUACCAGAUCGGUCAGGACUGGUUCCAGGCCAAAGCCAUGCGUCGCGUAGAGGUUCAUAUCUGCUCACUGAGCAUUGCAGAGCACCGGCGCCGGCGCAUGGAUGGCUAUCAGGUCCUGCAAGCCACGCAGAUCGCCCGCAUCUUCCGGCUGGCAGAUCCCAAGCGGGACAUCAUCUUCGUGGCCCCAAAGCACAUUCACGAGGAUGUGCUGGACUACUACUCCAAGAUCAUGCAGUUCCGAGGGAUCCAGAAUCCCCCGGGUCGCUUUCAGGUUGUGGUUCCGGAGAAUAUUGACCUCAAGGACAAGAUGUCUCUUACCCAGGCCCUCCUCUGCUCACCCAAGGCUCUGAAACGCAUUCGAAAGCUUGUCAGCAACCGCAUGGCGAUGCUUAUUCCAGAGGCGGUUACUCACGUCGAGGCGAAGCUCAGCUGUGCCCUGAGGCUGCCUCUCAUCGGCCCCAGCUCGAGGAACAUGUCGCUUCUGGCAUCGAAGUCCAACGCCAAGAAGCUGACGCAGCUGGCCCAGCUGCCGACGGGGCCUUGGGCGGUGGACAUCUACGACGAGGACGAGUUCUUCACCUGCCUGGCUGGGCUCGUGAUCAAGCACCCGAAGGUCCGAACCUGGCUCUUCAAGAUCGACGACGAGAGGGGCUCCCGGGGCACGGCCUACAUCGACCUCUGCAAGCUGCACCAGGUCCAGCAGAGCGUGCAUGCAUCGGCUCCGGCCCUGCUAGGCAUGGCAAAUGGCGCUGCAGAGGACGAAGAGCCUGCCAUUAUUGGCGCUGAUGCCAAUGAGGUUCGGGCUGCCCUGCAGCAUCACGUGCCCAAGCGAGCUGUCCUUUGCCAUCGGCAGGUUUAUGGCGAUUUCGCCUCGUGGCUGGCAGAAGCUUGCCGCAUUGGCUGCGUAAUCCAGGCUGCACCCGAGAGCAUGAUCUCUCAGACCAGUGUGCAUGUCCAAGUUGCCCCAGACGGGGCCAUUGACAUUCUCGGCACGUCAGAGGCCAUCAUGAGCACUCCCUUCGUGCGAGCCGCCUCAUGGUACCCGCACUCGCGAGGGAGCUUCGAGGUCCUUCAGGAAGUGGGGUAUCGACUUGGCCGCUGCCUCGCAGCCAAGGGUUUCAUGGGCUUCGCAUCAGCCGACGUGGUGUUCUUUGAAAAUCCUGACUUCGAUGCCACCGAGCUGGUGUCGGAACAGCGCGAGUCGACACCUGCAAUCAUCGGCAGCGACACGCCGGUCAACCCCGAGGAUCUGAUGUUUGGCAACCUCCGGUCACCAUCUCCUGACAUCAGCGUGGAUAACGGCGACUUCCAGCCGUCGGCAGACCUGCCGGAAAGCCGGCAGGCGGAUUACAACGCCGCGCUUCAGGUUCACGAGGAACAGAUGAAGCGGGAACAGCAGUCCUUCGAUCCCGUCAGCCUCAUGUUGGGCGGGUCUGAGCAGGGUGCUGGCUCGAUGUUGAGCCCUUUCGCCUGCUGGGUCGUCGACGUGGAUGCACGUCUUACGGACGAGGCCGCUAUGCUGUUCCCGCUGAAAUUCAUUGCUCAGGUGAAGCAAGAUCCGGCGACCGGACUCAUGCAGCUCACCUCAGAGGCGCAGGAUGGAGGUGCCAAGGCCCAUCAAGAUCUUACGGAGGAGGAACAGCAAUUGCGCUCACAGCGCUGGGCCAUGGUGAACCACGUCGCAUUGGCACCGCAGCUGGAGAAGAUGAGUCAUCAGGUGCUGUUUCAGGCAGCCAAGAUGCGUGGUGUGUCCUUUGACCUGUUCCACAACGUCGGGUGCGUCUUCACGUUUCUGGACGUGGUUCACAAGCUGUUUUCCCUCAUGGUUGUGGACAAGACGCCGGAGCAAUGCGCAAAGAAAAUGUCCGCAGCUCUUUCGGCCAUUGCGGAAGGCCAACCCAAUGUCCUCAGGUCUCGACAUAGGUGGCCAGGAGAUACGACGUUUGUAAUUUGGAUGAGCUCUCCAGCUUUGCAUGUGAUAUGUAGCAGUGCUCGGCUGCUGUGA